ACCAAACGGGAGCAAACGUACCUCAAAGUCUGUUCAAGAACGUUUUGGAUAAACGUGUCUGUCAGUACAAACCGUUCUGCAAGGUAGCAAACGUUCAAGUGAACUGAACGCACCUCGGGUGUUUUUUUUGUCAGAGGCUACAACAAAAAUGUGUGCUUUUGGUGAUACUCGAGGACUGGAGUUGUAAACCACUGGACUAGCAGGCUUGAUAGAUGGCAAACUAACUGGGACACCAAUGAUGAGAACAUUAUGAGAAUAAAUAUGAAUGUGAGGUUAUGCCUGAUUGAUCAUAGGGCUACAAUACCUACCACAUCUCAAAGCUUUACAAACAAUUAAUAUAUUGUGUUUUUAUGCAUGGUAUUUCAUAUGAACUUCUCCAUGAAAAUUACAAGAUCAGAUAACCAGACGACCGUUGUCCUUACCUUCCACAACCCCGCAAAGGAACUCGCUUCUCCCGUCCAUCUUCUCUGUCGCCAGCUGCUUUCACCGUGCGCCUUGCCUCUCUCCAGCAAUCCAACCGACCGGAGCAGUAGCCUAGCCUACCGAACGUUUCCUAGUACAGUCUCAGGUCAGACGCCGGAGUGGUUCUCCAUUUCCAUCCUUUCCAUCGGUGCCACCACGGCUGGCUCUCCCUGCUCAGCUAGCUCAACCCUCGCACAGGCGCACUCACCUCCUGCACGCAAAUGCAAGGCUACUAGAAUGCCCCCUAAGAAGAAAGGAGAGUCUGCCCUUAAGCAGGAUACAUCUGGACAAGGAGUAGAGGACUCAGAACACCCUGGGUCUGACAAAGAGGCUCUGCUACAGAGAGAGUACGACAAGCUAACCGACACCUUGAACAACCUCAAGAGGAAGGUGGAAAAGUUACGGCGUGAGAAUGAGUUCCUACAGAAUGAGGCCAACCAGACUCGCAUGGAGAGCCAAGAGUACAUGUCGUACAUGUCCAAGCGGACCCAGAAGCGUCAGAGUGCCAUCGUCACCCUUAGCGACCAAAACCACCAGGCGCUGGAGGCCCUGAAGAGGCAGAGGGAGGAGACUGUGGACAAAUACCAGGAACAGGCCAAUGAGCUGAAAAAGGAGAUUCUGGAGAAGGAGAAUGAACUGGCGCUGUUAAAUAUUGAGAUUGCUGAGCUCCGAGAAUUUAAAAGCCUGCAGCAGCAGCAGCUGGGGCGUAUAGCAGAGCUAGAGAGGGAGGUGACCAGUAUGCACUGUCGUCACUCUGAAUCCCUGCAGGCCCUGAAGGCUGGCUUCCUCAGUGAGAAGGAGAGGUACGAAGCACAGGCCAAACAAAAAAUACAGGCCCUGGCCCUCGCCGCUAAUAGGGAGGCAUCUCGCUGCCUACUGGCCCACACUAGAGCUGUGUCCCUGGAAAAUCAGCAUCUGAGGGAAGAGCUGCAGCAGCUGAUCCAGAGAGCCCACUCCCUGAGGGGCCUCCAGGACCAGCUCCAGGCCCAGAGGCAGCAGCUCCUACUGGAGAGGGAGUACGUCAGGGAGCUGAGGCGCCUCCGAGCCACCCCGGGGCCGACCCCACCAGGGUCCCACACUCGGCCACUGGGGGUAGACAGAGGGAGAGAAGACACAAGACACCACCGCACGGCAGAUACCUGAGAGAUAAUACAUAUGGAAUCAUAUAGUAACCAAAAAAGUUUUACAUCAAAAUAUAUUUGAGAUUCUUCAAAGUAGCCACCCUUUGCCUUGAUGACAGCUUUGCACACGCUUGGCAUUCUCUUAACCAGCACCUGGAAUGCAUUUCAAUUAACAGGUGUGCCUUGUUAAAAGUUAAUUUGUGGAAUUUCUUUCCUUAUUGCUUUUGAAGGUGCCUUCAAACCUGUUAAUUGAAAUGCAUUCCUCAUGAUGCUGGCUGAGAGAAUGCCAAUAGUGCAAAGCUGUCAUCAAGGCAAAGUGUGGCUACUUUGAAUAUAUUUUGAUUUGUUUAACACACUUUUGGUUACUACGUGAUUCCACAUGUGUUAUUUCAUAGUUUUGAUGUCUUCACUAUUAUUCUACAAUGUAGAAAAUAGUAAAAAUUAAGAAAAACCCUUGAACGAGUAGGUGUGUCCAAACUUUUGACUGGUACUGUAUAUAGAUAGAUAGAUAGAUCUGUGUGUAUGUAUGGAUGUAUGAAGGCAACAUGUAAAUUGUUGGUUCCAUGUUUCAUGAGCUGAAUUAAAGGAUCCCAGAAAUGUUCCAUAAGCACAAAAGCUUAUUUCUCUCAAACGUUGUGCACAAAUUUGUUUACAUCCCUGUUAGUAAAUAUUUCUCCUUUGCCAAGAAAAUGCAUCCACAUGACAGGAGUGGCAUAUCAACAAGCUUAUUUAAACAGUAUGAUCAGUGCACAUUGUGCUGGGGACAAUAAAAGGCCUUUCUAAAAUGUGGAGUUUUGUCAGACAACACAUUGCCACAGUGAGAGUGCAAUUGGCAUGCUGACUGCUGGAAUAUCCCCCACCAUAAGCCGCUUCCAAUGUAAUUUUAGAGAAUUUGGCAGUAAGUCCAACAGGCUUCACAACCGCAGAUGACUUACGUGUAUGGUGUUGUGUGGGCGAGCAGUUUGCUGAUGCCAACGUUGUGAACAAAGUGCACCAUGGUGGCGGUAUGGUUAAGGUAUGGGCAGGCAUAAGCUACGGACAACGAACAUAAUUGCAUUUUAUUGAUGGCAAUUUGAAUGUACAGAGACCUUGAGAUCCCCCAUUGUCGUGCCAUUCAUCCGCCGCCAUUACCUCAUGUUUCAGCAUGAUAAUGCAUGAUGAUAAUAUACAGCAAAUUCGAACCUAUUUCUUCCAACAUUUUAUUAUUGUGAUCUACUCCUGUUUUUAAGGCCUCAACCUCCCCCAGUAGCCCAGGCUAUAGAUCCAUUUUUUUUAACUGCUCGCUCAUGCUUGUAAGCCAUGCUCUAUCUUCUGGAGACAUAGAUAUAAAAACGUCCCCCUUCAAUGUUACAUUUGGAAUUUUAGUCGGCGGCUUCCCUCCCGUUUCGCUUGCAGAACUCGAGGAAAGGUCUUCUCUUGUUCACUUCGAUGUAUCCGUUUCUUUUUCGAGCGUAUCAAAAUGCUGAUCAAUAAAUAGUUCCAGAUUCUCUAUAUUAUCCAGAAUGUUUGUUUCGUAGUUAUCAGCUAAUCUUCAAUUUUGUGAUUAAUUCAUGGGACAAGCUGUGCCUACCUUUCAGGUGUUUGUGUGAGUGUAUGUUUAUUCUGUACAAGCUUCCUUCUUUUCACUCUGUCAAUUAGGUUAGUAAUGUGGAUUACAAUGUUGUUGUUGAUCCAUCCUCAGUUUUCUCCAAUCACAGCCAUUAAACUCUGUGACUGUUUAAAGUCACCAUUGGCCUCAUGGUGAAAUCCCUGAGCGGUUUCCUUCCUCUCCAGCAACUGAGUUAGGAAGGUUGCACUGAUAAUACAGUUUUGUAUAGAAUUGCCAUGAAAAAAAAAUACAGUUUUGUAUUGAAUUGACAUUAAUUAUUUUUUUUACCAAAGUGUAACUAAUAAGUUCACCAUGCUCAAAGGGAUGUUCAAUGUCUGCUUUCUUUUAUUUUUCCCCAUCUACCAAGAGGUGCCCUUCUUUGCGAGGCAUUGGAAAACCUUCCUGGUCUGUGGUUGAAUCUGUGUUUGAAAUUCAUUGCUCGACUGAGGGGCCUUACAGAAAAUUGUAUAUAUGGGGUACAGAGAUGAGGUAGUCAUUCAAAAAUGAUAUUAAACACUAUUAUUGUACGCAAUUUA